GAGGGACCGCCCGGGGACGCACGCGGGGCGCGGGGCUGGCACCUCGUCCCCACCCACCAUGAGCGCCAGCGGCCCGGGCCUCCCACUUGCCUCGCUCUACGUGGGCGACCUGCACCCCGACGUGACCGAGGCCAUGCUGUACGAGAAGUUCUCGCUGGCCGGACCCAUCCUGUCCAUCCGCGUGUGCCGCGACGUGGCCACCCGCCGCUCGCUGGGCUAUGCCUACAUCAACUUCCAGCAGCCGGCCGACGCGGAGCUGGCACUGGAUACAAUGAACUUUGAUAUUAUCAAAGGCCAACCCAUUCGCAUCAUGUGGUCCCAGCGAGACCCAGGACUUCGAAAGUCGGGUGUGGGCAACAUCUUCAUCAAGAACCUGGAGGAAUCCAUUGACAACAAGGCCUUAUAUGACACCUUCUCCAUCUUUGGAAACAUCCUGUCUUGCAAGGUGGUGUGUGAUGACCACGGCUCCCGAGGCUUUGGCUUUGUCCAUUUUGAGACCCGUGAGGCUGCGCAGCAGGCCAUCAGCACCAUGAACGGGAUGCUGCUGAAUAACCGCAAAGUCUUCGUUAGCCAGUUCAAGUCCCGGCAGGAGCGGGAGGCUGAGCUGGGGGUGCGGGCCAAGGAGUUCACCAACGUCUACGUGAAGAACCUGAAAACGGACAUAGACGAGCAGGGCCUGGAGGAGCUCUUCUCCCAGUUUGGGAAGACGCUGAGUGUGAAGGUGAUGAGGGAUGACAGCGGCCAGUCCCGAGGCUUUGGCUUUGUCAACUUUGAGAAGCACGAGGAAGCCCAGAAGGCUGUGAUGGACAUGAAUGGGAAGGAGGUGAGAGGGCAGCUGCUCUACGUGGGCCGUGCCCAGAAGUGGGCGGAGCGGCAGAAUGAGCUUAAGCGAAGGUUCCAGCAGAUGAAGCAGUUGAAGCAGGACCGGCUGAACCAUUACCAGGGCGUGAACCUGUAUGUGAAGAACCUGGAUGACUCCAUUGAUAAUGAGAGGCUGAGGAAAGAGUUCUCUCCCUAUGGAGUGAUCACCAGUGCCAAGGUGAUGACAGAGGGUGGCCACAGCAAAGGGUUUGGCUUUGUGUGUUUUUCCUCUCCAGAAGAGGCAACGAAGGCCGUGACAGAGAUGAACGGGUGCAUCCUGGGUACCAAGCCGCUGUACGUGGCGCUGGCUCAGCGCAAAGAUGAGCGGAAGGCCAUCUUGACCAACCAGUUCAUGCAGCAGCGCCUCUCCAACGUGUGGGCCCUGGGUGGCCCCCUCUUGGGCUCUUUCCAGCAGCCUGUCAGCUACUUCCUGCCCACCGUGCCCCAGCCUCCAGCCCAGGCUGCAUGCUAUGGCUCUGGCCCGCCUGCCCAGGCUCCCCCCAGCUGGACGGCCCAGCCACCUAGACCCUUGACCUCCUCGAUGGCCUGGUCACCAACCACGUCUCAGCUCUCCCCAACCCACAUCGGCAGUGACGAGAAGGCCUCUCCCCAGGAGCCACUCCAGAUGUCCUACACCCAGUCAGUGGCCAACAUUGGUACCCAGACCUCUGGCCUUGGUGAGGCAGGGUGCUCUAUGCCAAGUGGGCCUCUCCUGACACAGAGGUAUUCCUCAGAAACGCCCAGCACCCAUGAGGUCCAGGAGCCUGCUGUGUGCAUCCCCGGACAGGAACCCCUGACCGUGUCCAUGCUGGCCGCAGCACCCCCGCACAAGCAAAAGCAGAUGAUCGGUGAGCGUCUCUACCCCCUUAUCUACAAUGUCCACACUCAGCUGGCGGGCAAGAUCACGGGCAUGCUGCUGGAGAUCGACAACUCAGAACUGCUGUUCAUGCUGGAGUCUCCAGAGUCCCUCAAUGCCAAGGUAGCAGAAGCUCUGGCCGUGUUGCACGCAGGCUCACCAGACCACAGAGGAGGAGGAGAAGAUGAAAGCGAAUGUAAUUGAAACCAGAACUCAAGAAGAGAAAGUCAGUCAGUCGUGACUGGAUGUCACCACUAAACCUGCCUCAAACCAGGUAAGAGGCAUGCCUGCUUACGAGGGGGCAGUUAGAGGGUACAGCUCCCGCUUUGAAAUGGUCCCUGGCCACGGCGUCUGUGGACCCCAAAACCCGCUUCAGCUCCAAGGCUGGGUUGCUCAGCGGACUCCUCCCUCAGAGGUUGGGAGCAUCGUGCUAACACUGCUCAGCACUGUGACGGGCAAAUGGAUGAGGAAAACUCUGUCUGCUUUGUUUUAUGGAGUCAUCAGGUAUGGCUCCAUGAAGAGGAAAACAACUGAACCAAGACACAGGCCAGGAGAGGGAGGCAGCGUGGCUGGCUGCGAGACACUGUCCACCCUUCUGUCCAGACGGUGUUUGGUGUUUGGUGAACCGGAGCGGCACUUUCUGAUCUCUGUGCUCCCAAUGAGGGCCUGUACCCUCCCUCUUCACCAGCUGAACUCCCACCUUAGAGCUCAACUCAAACCAACUUCCUCGGGGAUCCUUUUCCUUGUAGCAGGGAAAGUACUGUGUGAGGACUCCCCUAAAAUGUGUAAGUUGGCCGUAGUUUUACACUUGUUCCUGGGAUCAUCAGAUUAAUUUCUCACUGUCCCACUAGACUGUCAGCCCUCUGAGACCAGGGACCGUGUCCACUCACUCAUGGUUUCCCCAGCAAUGUGGGGCCUGGGCCGAGCAGACAUUUCAGUGAAUGAUUUGUUCAAUGAUUAGCUGAAUGCUAAUCGAAAAGUGGUAGCUUUUAUUGUUAUUGCAAAAUUUUCAGCACAGAGCUGAAAAAAGCAUAAAUGAAAGUACAACAGACAUUUUUUGUAGAAGAAAAAUGUUUAAUGUAAUCGCUUAAACACACAGUUCAACAAAACCGAGUCAGUUCAGUUCAAAUUAACUUCAUAUAACAAAGAAAUAAGAAGCCUGGAGGGCCACUGUUGGGUCAAAAGUCCCUGCCCAGAACAGAAGGUCACUGACUUCAAGGCGGCCUUUCUUCCCACUCACCUCCAGGAGAAGUGGCCACCUCUGGGCUCCUGACACAGUCAGGCUCCUCCAUGCAGGCGCAGCACAAGCCCCAGGCAAAGCCACACCAGGGUCAGGGUUCUGCAUCCCUACCAAAGCGGGGCCUGGCCAAAAAGGGCUGGAACUCAGAACACAGGGGAUACGCCAAGGACAGGGCAGGAUGGCAGCCCUGGAGAACCAGCUCAACAGGCUGCUUUAGGUGUGGAUGGGCCAAGGUUUUCUAGUCCUGUGGCCCCCGCUUCCACACCCCCAGCUUAAUCUGCUCAUGAACCACAGUGAGGCGGGUCUGGUGAUGCUCCUAGGGCAGCACUCAGUCUGGAGCAUGCUCAGGGCAGGGACAGGGCCCAGCGCUUGCUGAUAAGGACCUGUUUGUGUGAUCUGCUAGCUGUCCAGGCAGGGGGAUGGAGAACAGGGCUUCAGCAUAGCAUGGGACCUUCCCAGAAAAACAAUGUGUUUUUUGCUGCACUGAGCUUAAUGUGAACACAGCCUCUUAAGGGGUAGGAGGCUACUGCCGCUUUGUAG